GAAAACAACAAUAAAAAUUCAUAACCUCACUGAGAGCGAUUGCGGAUGCUGAUUAGGUUUUCCAGCUUAUCGCCGCAAUUCGCGAUAAUCCACCGGCGAGAGCGAGUGUAAUCAUUCCACACCCAAGUGCUUAAUAUCUACAUUGUGCCUUAAUAGUGAAAUUACGUGCUUAAAAAUGACUUCAGCGGAGAAGGAAACUUAUCUUGGAUUUGACCUCAGCACACAAAAACUCAAGGCGGUGCAGUUAUCUAACAGUCUGGAAGUGCUGGCUCAGGCCGAGGUCAAGUUCGACAGCGAUUUGCAGGGCUUCCGGACAUUUGGGGGCGUCAAUGCGGGCAGCAAGAAGCAGGAGUUCUUCGUGCAGCCGGUGAUGUGGGUGAAGGCGCUGGACAUGGUGCUGGAUCGUCUGGUGGUGCAGGGAGCGGAUCUCAGCACUGUGGUGGCUCUCAGUGGAGCUGCUCAGCAGCACGGAUCCAUUUACUGGUCGCGCCAUGGCGUCCAGAUCCUCGGGAAUCUCGAUCCGGACAAAUUCCUGCACAUGCAGAUCGACGAUUCCGCCUUCACGCUCACGCGCACGCCCAUCUGGAUGGACGGCACGACGUCGAAGCAGUGCCACGAGAUGGAAGAGGCCAUUGGGGGGCGCGAGCAGAUGGUGCAGCUGACGGGCUCGAAGUGCUACGAGCGAUUCACGGGCCCGCAAAUCCGGAAGAUCUAUCAGCAGAGGCCGGAUGUGUUUGAGCACACGGAGAGAAUUUCGCUGGUCAGCAGCUUCCUGGCGUCCAUCUUCUUGGGCGCUGUGGCGCCCAUUGACUUGUCCGAUGGCUCUGGCAUGAAUCUGCUGGACAUUGAGAAGAAGACGUGGUCGUCGGAGUGUCUGAACUCGUGUGCUCCGGAUUUGGACAUGAGAUUGGGCGAUCUUGUGUCCAGCAUUGCGGUUUUGGGUGAGAUUUCCUCGUUCUUCGUGCAGCGAUUCAACUUCUCGGCCAAUUGCAAGGUUGUGGCUUUCACGGGUGACAAUCCUUCGGCCUUGACGGGGAUGAUUCUGGACAGGGAUUGGCUGGUAUUGUCCCUGGGCACGAGUGAUACGGUCAUGAUGACACUGCAAGAGCCGCCAAAGUUCGAAGAAGGACACGUUUUCAUCCAUCCCACGGACACAAGGAGCUACAUGGGAAUGCUUUGUUUCAGGAAUGGUUCACUCGUGAGGGAUAAAUUUAAGCACGCCGAAGGCAAUAAUAGCUGGGAUUACUUCAGUGAAUUGCUGGAAUCGAUGCCGCGUGGGAAUUUCGGGAACAUGGCGCUGCAUUUUGUCAAUCAGGAGAUCAUUCCCAAUGUCAAGGGCACUCUGCGCUGGAAUAAGGAUUCGUCCUCGAGUAAUCCCGAGGCUGCCAAGGGUAUUGCCAAAUUCUCGUCGCCACAAACGGAAAUCCGGGCACUUAUUGAGGGUCAGAUGUUGCACAGAAGAGCCAUUGCCAGCGACAUGGGCUUCCUGUUUGGCGAGAACACGCGGAUUCUGGCCACUGGCGGAGCGUCAGCCAACAAAGCCAUCCUCCAAGUGAUGGCAGAUGUGUUCAAUGCGCCAGUUUAUGUCCAGGCGGCCACCGAAGCGGCUCUCCUGGGAGCGGCUUAUCGUGCCAAAUAUGCCAUGUACCUGGCCAGCGAGGAGACCAAGAGACUCGAUCCGGACGACAUUGAGAGCUACUCUGAGUACUUCAAUCGUCUCCUGCCGCAUCACGCUCAGUGUGUUUGUGAGCCGAGUCGCGACAGUUACGAGAUUUACACGAAAAUGCAGACUCGAUGGCGCGAAAUGAUCACUGUUCUGAUGACACAACAGCAGGAUUAGGAUUCCAUUCCGGCUUCGAUGUUCGCACACUAAAAAAAAAAACAGCUUUAAAAUGCUUUCGCAUUUAAUGGCAAAAACCACGGGAUAUUUUUUGUGUAAAUGAAGAGAGAGAUAUUCUUGUUUUAUAC